CCCGCUCACCUCCAUCAUCGAUGGGCACCCGCCAGCAGUCGGAGGGCUCCAGAGUCAGGGGGCAGGCAAAGAGCCCCCCGGUGCGGUUGGCACCUUGGCUGGGCAGCGCUGGCGCCUGCGGGGCCCCCACCAGCAGCCUGGAACAGGGGGGACCCCAUCAGUGUGUGUGUAUGGGGGGCCCCAUCACUGUGUGUGUAUGGGGGGCCCCCACAGGCAGCACGGGACGUCAGUGUGUGUGUCUGUGGGGCACCACAUCCCCUGCAGCUGUCCCGGUGCCCCCGCACCGAUUUCACGCUGCGCCGGUGCCCACCCGGUGCCAAACCCCCCCUCGCAGCAGCUGCAGCCCCGUUGCCCAGCCUCAGCCGCAGCUCAGUGCACGUGUGGGUGACGCAGCCCCAAACCCCCCCAUUCCCUGCCCCUUGGUGCCGCAGGUUGGUUGGGGACCCCCCCCGCUGACCCGCACCCAAGGCCCGGGCUCGCUGCGCCCGCACUGGUGGCUCCGCAGUGGCCGUGGUGGCCUCGGUGGCCCCCCAAGCCCCACACCGGCUCCGGGGGGGGCACACGGUGGCCUCGGGCCCGGGGCCGGUAAAAAUAACCUGGAAUUCACUCAAAAUAACCCGGCCGCGACAUGCCCAAACAUGGAGGGAGCCGGCGAGGCCGCGGCACCACCGCGCCGGGCACCGGUGCCAGCGCUGCCGGUGCCAGCCCCAGCGGGACACCGGCACCGGGGUCUGUGGGACCCGGGGGGGGGUCCCGGUGCCGCCGGUGCCCGCGCUGGCACGCGGUGGUGGGCGUUCGGCAGCUCAAUGGCACCGUGGAGGCGGCAGCAGGGCCCGGGGGGGGGGCCCAGCCCCAGCCUGGGGGGGCUCCAUGUGCUCGAUGCUUUGGCCCCCCUCAAAGCUCCCCCCCAAACACCCCCCGGUGCCCGGCCCCGGCCCCUCGGGCGUGAAUCUCGGUGUCCCAAGAGCCCCGUGGGGCAGGAGCCGGUUCCUCCUCCGGUGUCCCGGGCAGCGGGGGGGGGGGUCCCCGACUGAGCGGGGGGGGACACGGACCCCAAUGGGGAGGGAACAGGGGUCCGACGGGGGGGGAGACACAGACCCGACGGGAGAACACGGACCCCAGUGGGGGACACGGACCCCAGUGGGGGGACACCCGGGUCCGGCGGGGGGGAACGGUCCCGGUCCCGCUCUCCCCGCACUCACCAACCCGCGGGCUCGGGGCUGAGCUGCCGGUGCAGCGCCACGGCGAAGCCGAAGAAGCUGCCGCUGGUGCCGUCCUUGAGCACGGCGCUGCCCGUGUCCAGGUUGAAGGCGGCGGCGGCGGGGAGCAGACAGAGCCAGAGCGGCCAGAGCUGGGCAGCGCCCGCCAUCGCCCCGGCAGCACCGGCCCCGCCGCCGCCCGCUGCGCUCCCGCCGCUGCGGCCCCGGGAGGAGCCCGGGGAUACCGGGAACCACGGCCCGGCCCCCCCCCGCCACCGCCCCGCCCGCCGGGGCUGCGGUCACCGGUGACACUGCGCGGGACAGAGGCGGCCCCGGGCACCGCAUCCCGCAUCCCCCCGCACCCCCCACGGGGCCCGGCACCCCCCGUCCCAGCGCCCCUCCUGCCCCAGGACCCUGCGCGGGGCCGGGGGGGGCCCCCCGGGAGCGGCUCUGGUGGGGGCCCGGGGGGGUCCCAUCACAUUUCCCAGCUCCCGGCUAUUUUUAUCCGCUCUCCCGGAGCCUUCAGCCGUGUGAACGCUCCGGGAAUGGGAAUUCACCCCGAGCCAAGCGGGGCCGUGCCCCCCCCCAGCUCCCCCCCGCUUUGUUCCUCCUCCCCAAAUCCCUUCCCAACAUUCCCGCCGUGGGAAAGAGCCGAUGCCUGCUUGGAACGGGAUCACACCCGCUCCCUGGGGGGGGGGUUCAGGCACCGGGAUCAGUGUCCAUGGGCAAGGAGGUGGGAACGGCCGGGAGCACGAUGGGGAUCGGGGCCUGGGGGGGGGGGGGAUCAGAGCCCCCCCCCCGAGAACUGCCGGUUGGGAGCAUUCCCGGAGCAAUGUGGGGAUCCUGCAGGAUCCUCGCCAAGGCUCAAAGCAGGAGUUUGGAACAGGGAGCAAGGACGAACCCCCCCGCACACCCCCAGGCACAGGAGGGGAUGCCGGGUGCUAGAGCAGAUCCCGUCAUUCCUCGUGGCACCCGCACGGCUGGAUCCCGCUCCUCGGGGGAAGCUCAUCCCGACAUGUGCCGGGGAGAACCCUCAUCCCCCGCCCCGGAGCCUCAUUCCGCUGCAGGGAAGGGCAGGAAUGCCGGGAGCGGCACUGGCCGUUAUCCCGGCAAAUCCCAAACCCCUUCCGCAGGGAGCAGCUGCCCCCGAAGCCCGGCACAUGUUGGGAAUGGCGGGAUCUGCUCCUCCGCCAUUCCCGACGCUGGGAAAGGCACCAGCGUGUCUGUGUCACCAAAGCGGGGCUAUUUUUACCCAUUCACUGCUUUAUCUCAGGCUCAAGCUCCCGGCCCCAUCCCAAAGGGACAAGGAGCUGAAUCCAUAGGGAGAAGCCAGCACAUUCCCCCCGCUCCCAGCCGGGGGCUGGAUGCAGCCGGCCCCUGUAUCCCCCCAUAGGCCCCUAUGGGCCCCUACACACCCCUACAGCUCCCGCACCAGCCUCCUCCCGCCAUCGCGGCCCCUUCGGGGCGGGGCGGUGCGGGUCACGUGCGGGUCACGCGGCGGCCGCGGUCACGUGCCGCCGCCGCCAUGCUGUCCCGGCUGCUGAAGGAGCACCAGGCGCGGCAGAGCGAGCGGCGCGAGCUGCAGGAGCGGCGGCGCAGGGACGCGAUCGCGGCCGCCACCCGCCUCACCGAGGCGCUGGUGGAUCACCUGAACGUGGGCGUGGCGCAGGCCUAUGUGAACCAGCGGAAGCUGGACCACGAGGUGAAGACGCUGCAGGUGCAGGCAGCGCAGUUCGCCAAGCAGACGGGGCAGUGGAUCACCAUGGUGGAGAACUUCAACCAGGCCCUCAAGGAGAUCGGUGAUGUGGAGAACUGGGCACGCAGCAUCGAGAUGGACAUGAGGACCAUCGCCACCGCGCUGGAGUAUGUGUACAAGGGGCAGCUCCAGCCCCCCUGCUCCUGACCCCCCCGGCCCCCCCCGGGGCACCGCAAUAAAGGCUGGUUGUGCCGUGGCCCCCUCCUAA